AGCAAAUUGCGGGGUUCCUCUCUAAAAAAAAGAGCAAAUUGCGAGGUCUAUUCGCCCUCCUCUCCGACCCCCGCCCGCUUGCGACCGAGACGAGAUCCUCGUCGCCGCCGUUCCCGUCUUCGUCGUCCUCGGCCGCCGCGAUGCCCCGGUAUUAUUGUGAUUACUGUGACACUUACCUUACCCAUGACUCGCCAUCUGUCCGUAAGCAACACAAUGCUGGAUACAAACAUAAGGCAAAUGUUCGAAGCUACUACCAACAGUUUGAGGAGCAGCAAACUCAAAGUUUGCUUGAUCAAAGGAUCAAGGAACAUCUGGGACAAGCUGCAGCUUUCCAAGUCGGUGCUCCUUUCAACCAACAUAUGCUCCAAUUUCCAGGAAAUGUACCCCGUCCUCGUCUUCCGAUUUUGCCCACACCUAUGAUGCCACAUGGUUUUCCUCAACAACCUGGUGGGCCGUUUGCUAGGCCUCCUAUUUUACCAGUUCCUGGUGCUCCAGGUUAUCCUGGUGCUCCAACCAUGCCGCAACCAGGAGGUCCUCCUGGGUCCAUGCCUAUGCAGAUGGCACCUCUCCCAAGGCCUCCGACGCUGCCGCCCCCGACAUCUGGAGCCCCAGGUGCCCCCAUGUCCAACAACGCAGCACCUCCAGGUCCUCCACCCAUGUAUCAACAAAAUCAGCCACCAACUGCUGGACCAACUUCUGGUGCUCCGCCACCGGCACCGGCAGCUCCCCCACAGGCCGCAUUCUCUUACUCGCAACCCCCUGAGGGCAGCCACUGAUUCUGUUACUUGGGCAUUUAUUUAUUGAAUGAAAUGCGCAGAAGGGUUGCUCUGCUCCCUUGGAAUAUGACGCUGCUGUCGUCUGGGUGACAUCAUCUGUGACUUGAAUUUGAGAGGAUUGUUAAAAAAGGCUUCAUGUAGUUGUAUUGUGGCAUCUUAGAUGAUUAACAGUAACUUUGUAAUCCUCUGGUUGAGGUUCUUAUUGAUUUCAAAGAGCACCUGAAACUUGAAAGUCGAUAACGGGCUUCAUGUCGUACAUAUUUGUCAUCUACAUAAAUUUAUCUGAUGGCAUAAUGCUCGGAUCCUUGUA